AUGAAUCCGCCACCUCCCAAUCUCACUCAUGACGAUUAUAACAUCGCCUUCAUCUGCCCAACGGGCAUCGAGCUAGCUGCUGUCGAGGGAAUGAUGGACGAAAUCCACCCAGCCCUUCUUUCCACCAUCGACAAAAACAGCUAUACCUAUGGCCGCAUAGGCGCACACAAUAUAGUAGUGGCAGUACUUCCAGAAAGGCGCAACAAUCAAGGCGCAUCUGUCGCAACACAACUCAACAACGACUUCCGAUCUCUCCGAUUUAGCCUAUUGACCGAGACUGGAGGCGGGAUCCCAGACCAUGCCAACGAUAGAGAUAUUCGCCUUGGCGAUGUGGUGGUCAGCAAGCCGACUGAAACAUUCGGAGGCGUAGUGCAACUUGAUCGCGGCAAGUCUCAUGCUCAUGGUCGAUUCGAGCGAACGGGGAUACAGCAGAGACCGCCGGAUAUUCUUCUGUCUACAGUGCAAAGAUUAGACGCUCUCCAUAUGCGCGUUGAUACUCGUAUUCCGGUCUUCAUUGACGAAAUGCUCGCGAGGUAUCCGAAGAUGAAGAAAACUUAUGUUCAUCAGGGAGGUGAAAACGACCUGCUGUUCCGGACUGAAUACGAUCAUGGCGAUGGCAAACAUUGUGGGCACUGCGAUAUGAACCAGGUCAUUGAACGUGUACCACGGGAUGACUCGAUUCCAGUGAUUCACCACGGAACGAUUGGGUCGUCGAAAACCCUUCUCAGAAACAGUGUGAGAAGAGAGAUCCUGAGAGACGACUUCGAUAUUCUAUGCGUUGAGACCGAAGCAGCGACUCUGAUGAACGAGAUCCCUUGUCUGGCUGUCUGUGGCAUCAGUGACUAUGCAGAUUCACAUAGUAACGUGAAAUGGCAGCCUUAUGCUGCCGCUACAGCCGCUGCGUAUGCGAAGGAGUUGCUUUCCCUGAUUCCUCCCUUGAAGAAGCCUGCGAAAGAUAAUGUAAAAGUGGCGUCGUUUGCACCGAGACAACAAGCUCCCGCUAUUCGAACGUCUACCAUGGGAAAGUUGAUUCAUGGGCCGGUCGCUGGUGAUUUGAUAGCAGGGAGCAAGCUUUUUAGCGAUGGGGUCUAUGAUAAUGGCAGAAUGGGGCGGUGGGUAUAUGAUUGA